UAUUGUUAGGGCUGUACAGCUCCUCCUGCCUCCUUCACCUUCAUGUCUGGUCCUCUGCUCCCGGUUCUCCCGGGUCCUCGCCGCAUUGUAACGUCGCAUGAUAGCGACGGACAAGCCGUAGUUUCAGUUGAUGAAACAGUUCAUUCAUCGGUGAUGAUAGAAGGCCUUCAUGGCCAUCGAACGGGCACAUUCUGGGCUUCUACUGAUGGUCUGCCAACGAAUGAUAACAAUUGUCUGGAGGACGGCGGAGCCCGUCAAGUGGGUGACCUCGGAUUAUAUGCAAGUAACACGACCAACUUCAUAUACAGCGACAUUGGUCCGGGAGUUCGCACUCCGAUGCAUCGGACUCCCUCUAUCGAUUAUAACAUCCUGAUCCAUGGGGAACUCAUUUUGAUAACAGACGAUGGGACAGAAACGCACCUCAAGAACCCAGGAGAUGUGGUGAUUCAGAAGGGGACCAGUCACGCUUGGAGAAACCCUGGGAAGGAAUGGACCCGGUGGGCGACUGUUCUGGUCGAUGCGAAACCAGCAGUGGUAAAUGGACAGGAGCUAGGGUUUCUCAUGGAGACGGAUAAAUGAUUUUGGACGGUCUGCAUCGCUGACCAUAGAGUGUUGUUUAGUGUGUUCCUUAUUUAAAGACAUGAAAUAUCCGAUUCUGCGC